GUAAUUCAAACAAAUAUUGCUGUAUCUAACAUAAUAUUUUUUGCUGAAAUGAGAAUAUCCAAACUAUUGCUAGCCCUAUAAGGCCACUUCGUUACGAUGAUGGAGAAUGGGUGCAUCAAUACUGGUUUCAGCGCAAGUCAAUUGGAGAUCAACGAGAGUGAAAAUGGGAAUGGAGAAAGUAAAACAUCAAUUUCAAGCUCAAUCACAACUAAUAAUAAACAAGAAAAGAUCAUAAAAAACGGUAUUGGUGCCAAUGAUCUGAAAAUCCGUAUAGCAGCAGUGGCUAUGUGGAAGAAGGAAAAAUUAUGUCACUACAAUUGCCAACUGGUAGAAAAGGUUUCAUUGGAGAUAUUGGUUUCUCUUUUGGGGGCGCCGAACAUGACGAGGAAAGUGAAGAUUCCGAGUGGACAGUGACACCUAUUCUUGUUGAAAGCGUCACAAGAGGAAGUAUCGCGGAAAAAGCUGGUUUAGAGCCUGGGGAUGAGAUCAUAAAGAUCAAUGCAGUUACUGUAGCAAAUGCGGCCAGAUCUUUACCAGUUUCAUUAAUCAAAAAUUGUGACAAGAAGAUGAGAAUGAUCGUAAGAAAAGGAAAGGGAGUUAACAGGACAGAAAAUAUAGUUUUUGCUAAAGAGCAAAUUCAAGAAUUUUACGACGCUUUUUCUCUCUACGAUCAUUGCAAUAAACGUAAAAUUCUGGUAAAAGACGUUCAACACGUAUGCAGAAACCUGGGGUACAAUGAAACCGCUCUAGCGUUAGAUGACGCAAUCAGUAGUGCCAGGAUGAAGACUGGUGAACCUGACGGGGACAAAAUUCGUUGGGACACAUUCCUUGAAGCAAUGAAGCAAAUUUUAAGACAUCAGGAUAUUGAAAAAGACGCCUUGUUUGCUUAUGCGGCAUUUGAUCCCGGACGAAAGGGGCACUUCAAGAUACGUCAGCUUCGGGAUGCAUUCGUAACAGGCUGCAGAGCAACCCCUUUGGAAAUGGCAGAAAUAUUUCGAAUGGCUGAUCCUGAUAUGGAUGGGAAAGUAAAUGAACAAGAAUUCCUUAAGCUGCUGUACCCAUACGUCAAGAUGUAUUAACAGCAUAUUUUACUAACAUUCACCAUUGUAUAUAUAUUUUUAUAGAAAAUUAUUUUAGUAUAAAACGUUGUAUCCAGACUCCAGUUUACGCAUACUAUUACAUACGCAGAUAUUAAAUCUUAUACGGUUGUUCACCUUAAAUUCCU